GGUUGUUCAGAAGUACUUGGAGUAUGUUGACCGGGUCAAGAUGAUGGGACAGGUUGAUACUACCACACAACAAAGGUUCAGAAUGAAUCACGAGCUUGGAUCUCCGACUUAUUCAAGGGGGGAUGAUGAGAUAAACAUUCAGAAACACCAAUUGGUUGGUGGAUUCGACGAUGACCAGCUGACACCUACCAAGGAGAGGAUAAUGUCCGAUGACCUGUCAUCGCCGACCACCACUCCUUCUAAUGCUCUCAACAAGUUCAAUGAUAAAUCUAAUGAAAAGAACCUAGAGAAGGAACUGACGGAGACGAUGACAUCACCUAUCGCUGCUGGAACAGGGUCCUCCACCACAGAAACACAGGCUACAGUCCCUACUAUGAAUGCAGAGACAGUGAUGACACCUCAGAUAGACAACAGACAUGUAUUAAACCCUGCUUUGAGAGACAUCAUUGCAAGUACUCCAGAACUCAAUGAAGGAGGAGUCACCAGACCGGCUAAUCUACCUGUCAGAAGCCAUGGUACAAAGUCUGCCACCAUCUUUGAUGAGUUGGAUCCGUCUGUCAUCAGUGAGAUGGAUGAAGGUGCUAACAUCGUAGGUAUGUAUACAACAAUGGUAUCCAUAGCAACCUUUACCACUGGAUCGUGGAUGUAUAAGGUUCCCUGUUGCAUAAAACCUAUCAUUGAUGGUGACUAUGCCUUCAGUGUUAACUACUAUGUGGUAUCUAUUAUGAAAAUAACAAGCAAAAUGUACUUCCUGUUAAGUAAUUCUGGUUAUUCUUUCAAUCCUUUCUUAAUUUUUUUUUCAUUAGUGGAUCCUGGGGAAUUUUCUGUGAUGACACCUGAUAACUUCUAUGGAAUGGGUAAAGAAGUGGAGAACAUCCUCAUGGAAAACUCAGAGCUCAGACAAACAAAGAAUGCUUUGAAUGUUGUCAAGGAUGAUCUCAUAGCCCAGGUUGAUGAACUCACUUCAGAAACAGAGAUGUUAAAACAGGAGAUUAUGAGCAUCAACAAUGCCAAGUCAAGACUCAACGUACGCAUCGCAGACGUGGAAGAGGAAUUGAAAAAGGCAAGGGAAGAGAAUGAGAAGAUUCGAGAGAUUGAUGAUGAAGAAGGUGUUCCCAUGGCCCAGAGGAAACGCUUCACUCGUGUGGAGAUGGCUAGGGUUCUUAUGGAAAGAAACCAAUACAAAGAGAGAUUGAUGGAACUACAAGAAGCUGUUAGGUGGACAGAGAUGAUCAGAGCUUCCAGAGAACAUCCAUCCUUUGAAGGAAAGAAAAACAAAUCAUCCAUCUGGAAAUUUUUCAGCAACCUCUUCACAAGUUCAUCAUCAAGCUCUUCCUCCAUGGCAGCGCCCCCUCCCAGACGAAAUUACCCCGCGGCCAAUGUACGAUACAAUGCCCCCACGGGAUACGUCGCACCUAACAACAAGCAGCGUACCCAGACGAUUGCAUCGCUUGACAACAAGACCAAAGCUUUUGAUUUCUUGGAAGAUGGUGAGGGUAGUCAGCGCAUGAAAGACAAGCGAGAGCAGUACAAGAAGGUCAAAGCACAUGUUAGGAAAGAUGAUGGGCGUGUCCAAGCUUAUGGGUGGAGUCUACCAGCCAAGCACCCCUCCCCCUCCAGAAGCCCCGCCUCUAACCAAUCUCAGGUAGAUGGUAGUACAGCAGUAAGUACUGGAGGUGGAACAGGGCGUGGCCUGAUGGGCGUACCUGUCCCUGUCUUCUGUCGGCCGUUGUUGGAGAAGGAGCCCGGAGCUAAGAUUUGGUGUGCAGCUGGAGUGGACCUUAACGGUGGGAGAACUCGAGAUGGCGGGGCAAUAAUUGGAGCUAGCGUCUUUUAUUCCAUUCCUGAUCCUGAUGCUGAUGACUCUAGUAGGAGUAGUAAGGAUGGAUCAGAGCUUGAUAAACUAGAUGAAGAAAUAACUAAACAACAAAAAGAGCUUGACAAGCAUAAGAAAUACAAGUUAUCAUCUUUAGUCUGGAUAUGUACUAGUAAUCAGAGUUCAACUAAAGUGACAGUGAUAGAUGCCAACCAGCCCCAGAGCAUUCUUGAUAUGUUUCCUGUCAGCACUGCUUAUGUGCUAUGCAUAGCAUCGGUACCAGGAGCAAUGGAAUCUGACUACCCUACUGACGAGGAUCUGCCAUCUGAGACUGCCGAUGAUACUGCAUCAGUAUCUAGUGCUGGCAGUGAUAGUGGAUUUGGUAACGUUACCUUGGUAACAGCAAGUAUACCAGCCACGCCCAGUGGUACUUCACCAACAUCAGAACCAGAAGGUGGAGUAAGCCUUGGUGACAGCGAGGCAAACUUCAAGGCUGAGGUGAGUGAAGCCAACGUGAGGAACAUCUCAUCAGUGACCGAUGCUGAGAAGGCUCUAAGAGAAGCAGCAGCAGCUGAACCUCUCCCAGACACAGUAGGGAUGGAAGGUGUGGUCAAAGACAACAUCCUCAAGACAGACUCAGCAGCUAGUAGUGAUACUGAGGGGUCAGCUACAGACCCUCUUGGUGCAACCACCGAACCCAUUCCUACCGAGACCAUCGUCGCACGGCAACGUCGGGGAACGUCCAGUGAUCUUCUGAAGGAUGGUCUGUCUGAUGCACCAACGGUCAGUGAUGCGAUGCACGAGGUCGCUGAGAAGAUGACCAGUAUUAAACCUACUAUGUGGUUGGGUGCUCAAAAUGGAAAUCUUUAUGUACAUUCUGCUGUCUCUCAAUGGAGGAGAUGUCUUCAUGCAAUCAAGCUCAAGGAUGCCAUCUUUGCUAUUGUACACAUCAAAGGGAGAGUGUUGGCAGCACUGGCAGAUGGAACAGUAGCAGUCUUCCACAGAUCAGCUGAUGGGCAAUGGGACCUGAACAACUAUCAUGUACUAGACCUCGGCAAACCUCAGAACUCAAUCAGAUGUAUGGUGGUAGUCCUAGACCGAGUCUGGUGUGGUAUUAGGAACAAGAUCCAUGUCGUUCAUCCUCAGACACUCAAAGUAGAGAAAUCCUUUGAUGCCCAUCCACGUAAGGAGAGUCAGGUUCGUUUACUAUCAUGGCAAGGUGAUGGUGUAUGGGUUUCUAUCCGUCUAGAUAGUACCCUACGUCUCUACCAUGCCCAUACUCAUCAACACCUUCAAGACGUGGACAUAGAGCCUUAUGUCAGUAAAAUGCUGGGCACCGGAAAGCUUGGUUUCUCCUUUGUUCGUAUCACAUCGGUAAUGAUCUCAUGCAAUAGACUGUGGGUUGGUACUGGUAAUGGUGUCAUCAUCUCAAUACCACUAUCAGAAAGUAAGAAGCCAGCAUCGACUGGAGGUACUCGACCUGGUGGUGUCAUCCGUGUCUACACAGACACCAAGACAGACAGCGUGAGGGCCGGUAGUACCAUUCCAUACUGUAGUAUCACCCAAGCUCAACUAUCCUUCCAUGGUCAUCGGGAUGCUGUCAAGUUCUUUGUAUCUGUACCAGGUUCAGCUAGUGGUAUAGCUACAGGUAGCGUAGGAAGCGCUCCAUCUCCUUCCAACCCUGAUCAACCUCCUCCUGAUAACCUAGCAACCAAGAACAUGCUUGUACUCAGCGGAGGAGAGGGAUAUAUUGACUUCAGAAUUGGUGAUGGUGAUGAUGAGGAUGAAGGAUCUGGUAACUAUGGCGAUGUACUCACAAACUCUUCUCGGUCAGCACGCAGUGAGAGAAGUCAUCUCAUCGUCUGGCAGAUAGCUGGACAAACAGAUUAGCCCCAUCAUGUGUCCAAAUAUUGCCAAUGUGUAUUUUUUCCCUCUCCUCUCAAGGUAUCGUCCUUGUGCAUCUCACUUGUAUCCUGUUUGUCUCCCUCUAUGGCAAAUCACGUCAGAUUUCUCCUUGAAAGUCGGCUUACUAUUGUUGACGCCUGUGUUAACGAACUUAAUUUCCACUUAAGGGUACUAAAGUACAUGUGUAAAAGGGUUAAUAUGUAUUUGCAAGUUAAUCAACAGUAGCUUGCUUUAUAUAUGGAUAACAUUGCUCUGCUGCUUUUUGACAAGAAUAUGUGGUAAUUUUUUUCUUUUAACUGGUUUGAAUUUUUAAAGAAGACCAAUAAAUGAAUAUUUGUCACCCUGCAUUAAACAAUUUGACAUUAUAGCUGAAGUUUAUAUAUUAAACAAAAUUUUAAUGUAAAAAUCUAGAUGAAUAGCAACAUUAAUAAUAUAAUAUGGAAAUCUAUCCAAUGAAUAUAACAUUAUUGACAAAUUUGCAAUGCACAGGGUUUUUUAGAAUGAAGAAUAUAUUUAUAUUUUGUGAUUCACUAUUGGAUUUUGACAAUAAUUGCAAUGAUACAAAUGAAAUGUGAUAGUUCAGUUACUGUUCCAUAAAUGCUUUUAUUAGAUGAAUUUUACUGUUCUCCCCCUUUUUUUUAAACCUGAAUACUCAGUUAAAGCUUACAAUGCCAGUUUUUACAUCUCUGCAGCUGUCUGCUAAAAUGCUUCUGUUGAGAAUAUUUGUAAUAUAAAAAGUGAAUGAGGAAAUAUCUGCUUUUAAGGACAAAAAAUGUUUGAAUGAGUUGUAAAAUAUAAAUUCACCACUCACAGCAGCUGUACUAAAAUAUUUAUUAGGAAAGCUGGUUACCUUAAAUGUAAAACAUACAUGCGAUAGUCACAAGAGCUAUAUUUCAAUAUUGGUUGAAAUUUAUUCCUACAAAAAAGUUAUCUUUUUAAUGCACAUUAGGUCCAAUUGUCUAUCAUAUACAAUUUCUUUCACUGUGAAAAUAAUAUUGCACUGCAAAAUAUCCCCUCUAUACUGUAUGAGAAAAUAGUUCAACAAGACUACGCAUUUUCUUCAUAUUUGUGAUUCAGAUGUUUUAUCUGAAUCUCAUGCAAGAGUGAUUAUUUUAAUUGGACAUAUUUGAGAAAGUAGACUUGAGACAUUUACAGAACUCACAAAUAAACAUGACAGUUUUUGAUAUCCACAGUAGCUGCAACUUUUUAAAACUUCUUUGUUUUUAAAUACUGUACCCGAGGUAACAAUCAUAGCCAUGAUGAUGCAAUGUGAAUUCUAACUUGCUAUCCUUUCGCUUCAAAAAGACUGUUGAUGAGUACCUAUAAUAUGAGCAAAUCAUUCCGUCUUUUUGUACAUAUAUAUAUUUGUGUAUAUAAAUAGUGUUGUACAAACACUCAAUCAAUCGGUAAA